AAAAUAUUCAUGUUUGACACAUUAACUGAGUCAGUUGUCCAUACAAUAUCGGCUCUAAUUAUGAGUAAAAGAAUGAUGGAUGCAUAUGAAAGGGACGCGCGAGCUCCGAAGGCUAAAUUUAUACGUUUCGGUCGCAAUAAUAAUAUGAAAUUCAUACGAUUCGGAAGGAGUUUUAACGAUCGGGAAUCGGAUGAAGAUGGUUUGGCUGGCAAAAAUAAAUUCGAUCAGAGAAUGUUUCAAAGAUGA